CUCACAGAACCCAUUAACAGCAUCAACACAACAACAUAUCACUAUGGAACCUCCGCACAUCCUCAACCUCCCUGGAGACAUCCUGUACAAAAUAUUCGCCCACUUCCAGUGCGACAAGAUACACCGAGGCUUAUUCGAUGAGUCCAUGUAUGAUGACGACCCCCAAACCGUCAAGAUCAAACUCCAAACCAUCAAGGCCGCAAGGCUUGUGUGCCGCCUCUUCAACCUUUUUGCAUCACCACUUCUAUGCUCUACUCUUCGAGUACGACUUGAUCAUGUCUCCCUUGACUUUGUAGAUAAAGUUUCCGAGAGCCCUCACAUUGCUGAUGGCGUUUACAACAUUGAGAUCGUGGUAGAUUACUGCCCAAGAGAACUUGCCACAGAUCUGUUGCGGUUUGGGAAGUUUCGAGUCGGGGAACUAGUAAAUCGCAUUCGUGGAUGCUGUGCAUAUACUAUGUGGGAAAUAGAAGUCAACGGUGAGGGCCAUGAGGAUAACCCCGACUAUCCACACGAGGACUACCAGCAGACAAUUGAGUACUGUGAAAAGUUACGUUCAGCAUGGCUUCAGUAUGUCAAAACUGCAGACAAGGGAUCUAUGGAUGCUAUAAGUCUUGAAUUUCUACAUCUUUUAAUCCAAGGCCACCAAGAAUAUAUCCAAAAGCAUGAGGAGCAAUUUCAACUAAUUACCAAUGGAUCGUUUAUCGAGAGGCUCAUAUCAGCAAUGUCCCGAAUGGCGCACUGCAGCUCCGUCCACUUUAUUGACGACGUAGAUUAUUAUUCUAUGCCAGAGAACGUCAGUCCACUUGCUUUUCGAGACGACGCACGGGAGCUCUCUCGAUUCAUGACAUCGCCGCUAUCGUGGGAUUAUAUUAACCACCUACAAGGAGGAGCUGAAAUCCUGCCAGCAAAGUUACUCUGGGGGUUACCAAUUGCCCUCUAUGAAGCCGGGUUAACACUACGAGCGAUGCUCAUUCGAACUUUUCCUCAUCCGAACUGUUGCCCUGUGAGUUAUCCGACAACAUGGACCAACCUCUACGAUGCAUGUCAACAUCUCAACGUAUUUAUCUUAGAGCGAAUGAACUUGAAUAAUUCAACUGGGCCAUUUGAUCCGACCCCAAGAAGAGAACAGGCUCUUAUUGAGCAGUAUAUUGGGGCCGUACUCUCCAGUGAAGUUCUAGAAGUCAUAAAACUCCGUUUCUUCGACUCCACCAGUACCACGGUCUCUUACCGCGUCGGUUUACUCCCUAAAGCAAUCAACUGGCCGCGCAUUAAAAAGCUCACUAUCGCACACAUUUCGUUAUCUCAGGAGGAGCUCGAGAUUCUUUGCAGUGGGCUGGGCUAUAUGCUUGAAGAUCUCUAUUUAUACAAAAUAGAUUUGCGAAGCGGGAACUGGGCAAAUGCCCUAGACAUGUUACGUCAAAGGGUCCCAAAGAAUCUCCAGAGAAUGAGACCUCCAUAUUUUUCUGAGCUCACUGGGGGGGAAUUUGGGAAGGGAAACAGACAUCUUGUUGAAGGGUCUCUGGAUUAUGUCUUUAGGGUCAAGUCCAAAAAUCCAAUAAGAGGUACAAGUCACAACGUGUUGUAAACCAUCAGAUGGCGUGUGCCGGAGCAUAAAGAGGUUAUAGAUGGCACAUAGGGCUCAGUUUUCUUCGGAAUGGGCGAUUUCAGCAGCAACGAUUAUAUCAUUCAAUUAUACAAAUACAUGAAACCAACUAACUCAUCAGUGUUCACAUAGCCAUGCAACCCCUCAGAGGAAGCAUUUAAUACCGUCGAGUAUGAUGAGUGGCAUGCGGAUGAGGACCGCUAGACGUUGACACCUCGUGUAGUAUUUUCUCAGUUGUAUCUGCUCAGGCCCAAAGACUGAAGUGGAAAUUGACCACGUCGAGAUUCCAGUAUCGCUCCAAUAACCAUGGAAAUGUUACUCCAA